CAUUAGGUACUUAACUGUCAACAACAUGGCUGUCUCGAUGUGUGCACGACUGUUUCUCCAGAGAUCUUCACAGGGUCUUCGGCUCAACCCUCUGACAUCCCCCGCGUUCACAAGCCCCUUUCUAUCUCGCGCCCACAGGCUUGGGCCCAGUGAUGAUGAGAUGUACCAGCGUACCACAGUGUCCAUCAUGCAAAAAGAACCAGGAGCUGGAGCAAUGAUCCACAGCUACAGCCCCAGAGGGUUCAACAUCGAUGGGAACCGUGUUUUCGGGCCAUGUGCCCUGCUACCUCCAGCCAUCCUCCAAUGGAAUGUAGGCAGCUAUAAAGACAUCACUGUAGAGAGCAUGGCCCUUUUCCACAUGCUGGAACCUCGAAUUGAGGUUCUGGUCCUGGGCACAGGGGGUCGGUCAGAGCGGAUUGACCCCAAAGUCCUGGCCCUCCUCAAGAGAAAAGGCAUCGCUGUGGAGGUGCAGGACACGCCAAACGCUUGUGCAACCUUUAACUUCCUGAGCAGUGAACGGCGAGUGGUGGCAGCAGGUCUGAUUCCUCCUCCAAUCAGCACGGAGCUGGAGUAGCAACAACAGAAGGAGGUCUUGAUUGGACUUGAUGGAAAAAAUGAACUAUUUUCACCACUUGGAUGGAUGAUCUGGAUAAAUCUGUCCUCAUUCAAGGGCUGAGUUAUGUUUUUUUAGCCAUUGCAAACUGGGUGGAUUUCUGGCAUUUCCCCAUAGAAAUGUGGUGUGUGUGUGUGUGUGUGGGGGGGGUGGUAUGAAAUGUGUAAAUGAAAAAGAGAACAGGAGUGUGUUGGCAUUGAUGUAUUUCUGACGAGUAUUGAAGGAUAUGAUUUGGUGGGAGUGUUAUUUAGUGUGUCAUAUCUGUAUAAGGAUAAAUACAUGCUACCAAUGAAGCAAUACACAAUAUAUAAAAUUACAAAUACAAUGUUUUGUAUUUAUUUAAUUGUCAGUGAAAGCAUAUGGGAGUAUGUGCAUUGUGUAUGUAAUCUACCCAAGGUGACUGUCCUUCACUGGGAUUAGUAAACCUCUCUAAUCUCA